AUGGGUGGCCGUCGACGAAGGGUCCGCGUGAGACCGUCGCGCAUCUCGCCGUCCAUGGGCGGCGGCCGGGAUAAGCGACGGAAGCAACAGAAGAAAUUGGGCAAGGUGAGCGAGAGCAAAACGACCGGGGCGCGGAAGACGGAGCGGAAGAGCGAACGGAACGCGGAGAAGAAUCACAGACGAUUGGAGCGAGGGUUGAUUGAGGAUGAUAUCGAUGCGAUUUUGAACGCGAUGACGAUCGAGGACGCGCGUCGGGCGGAGGUGGAGGUGGAGAGGGAUGUCGUGAAGCCGUGCGCGCGAGGGCACGCGAGUUUGACGUCGACGACGACGCAGAGACCGAAUGAGAUGAUUUUGUACGGCGGCGAGCGCGUCGCGCCGGGGAGCGAAAAGUGCGAGGUGUUCGGUGAUUUACAUCGAUACGACGUGGGAAAGGAUCGGUGGACGCGAGUGACGAACGCGAAGAUGCCGCAUCCGAGGAGUGGGCAUCAGGCGCUGUGUCACGGGAAUUAUCUGUACGUGUUCAUGGGGGAGUUUACGUCGCCGAAUCAGGAGCGUUUUUUACAUCAUCGAGACGCGUGGCGGUUCGAUUUGGAGACGAAUAUCUGGGAGCAGUUGCCCACAAAGGGCGGUCCGAGCGCGCGGAGCGGGCAUCGCAUCGCGACGUGGGGGAAGAAGGCGAUCAUGUUCGGUGGGUUUUACGAUAACGGUCGAGACGUCAAAUAUUACAACGACGUGUGGGAGUUUGAUUUGGAAAAAUGUGAAUGGAAGUGUCGGUGCGUGGGGGGCGAGGGCGCGCUCGGCCCGAGUCCGCGAAGCGCGUGUCACGUUGGCGUACACGGCGACGAAUUCGUGCUCUACGGUGGAUACUGUAAGAACGUGGACGACGAUGAAAAUGAUGACGAACGCAGCGAGCGCGGGACGACGUUCUCCGACGCGUGGUCCCUAAACCUGAAGACUUGGAAGUGGGAAAAACUCAAGCGACAAGGUUUAGCGCCAAGUGCUCGCGCGGGGUCGUCGAGCGCGAUGCACGCGCUGAAGAAACGGCUCGUUCUCUUCGGCGGAGUCGUCGACCACGAAGUGAAGAACGGCGACGUCAUCGUGUCCGAAUUUUUCACAGACACGUACAAUCUCAACAUGGAGGCGAAGAAGUGGUUCCCCGUGACUCUCUACGGCGACGAUAAGACGAAAACGCACAAGGCUGGGAGCUUAGAAGAGGCCGAGCGCGUCGCUGCGGGCGAGGUCGUGAACGAAAACUUCAACAUUAGGAGCGAGCAAGUGCGCGCGGCGGUGAAGAUUCAGGCCCACUUCAGAGGGUACCAGGUGCGCAAGGCAUACAAACUGUAUAAAGUCGGUGGCGUCGUGAGCGAGUUACUCUACUCCCCGGGCAGUGGAGAGGCGGCGCCGAAGACGUUACCGCGCCCGCGUGGACGCAUCAACGCCGCCAUAUCGAUCAAGGCAAAUAGCAUGUACUUGUUUGGCGGCGUCAUUGAGCUCGGAGACGUUGAGGUCUCACUCGAUGACAUUUGGAAGUUAGAUUUAGGCGCGCGUCCGAAAUGGACGUGCAUUAGCCCUCUCAGCGAAGAGUGCCAAAACGCUCUCACGGGCGGUGGCGCGGAAUCGGAAUCCGACGAUGACGAGGACGGUUCCGAAUCCGAUUAG